GACAUGAUGCCAUUGUGACCCUUCUGAAGCAUUAUAAGAGACCUCAGGAUGAAUCGCCCUGCAAUGAAUACUCACAACCUGGAGGAGAUGGCUCCUAUGUGUCAGUUCCAUCCCCGCUGGGAAAGAUUAAAAGCAUGACUAAAGAAAAGGCAGAUGUUCUCCUCCUCCGUGCUGGUUUGCCAUCACAUUUCCACCUUCAGCUCUCCGAAAUAGAGUUCCAUGAGAUUAUCGGCUCAGGGUCUUUUGGAAAAGUAUAUAAGGGACGAUGCAGAAAUAAAAUUGUCGCAAUCAAACGCUAUCGAGCCAAUACCUACUGUUCCAAAUCAGAUGUGGACAUGUUCUGCCGUGAAGUUUCCAUUCUUUGCCGGCUGAAUCAUCCAUGUGUCAUCCAGUUUGUGGGAGCUUGCUUAGAUGACCCCAGUCAGUUCGCUAUAGUCACUCAGUACAUUUCUGGAGGAUCGCUCUUCUCUCUGCUUCACGAACAGAAGAGAACACUUGAUCUGCAGUCGAAAUUAAUCAUUGCUGUAGAUGUUGCCAAAGGCAUGGAGUACCUCCACAAUCUCACACAACCAAUCAUACACCGUGAUUUGAACAGUCACAAUAUUCUCCUGUACGAGGAUGGUCACGCAGUUGUUGCUGAUUUUGGAGAAUCUAGAUUUUUGCAAUCCCUGGAUGAAGACAAUAUGACAAAACAACCUGGGAACCUACGCUGGAUGGCCCCUGAGGUGUUCACCCAGUGUACAAGGUACACCAUAAAAGCGGAUGUUUUCAGCUAUGCCUUGUGCCUCUGGGAGCUGUUAACAGGUGAAAUUCCAUUUGCUCACCUGAAACCAGCGGCGGCGGCGGCCGACAUGGCAUACCACCACAUCCGCCCGCCCAUCGGGUACUCCAUCCCCAAGCCCAUCUCCGCCCUGCUGAUGAGGGGCUGGAACGCCUGUCCCGAGGGGAGACCCGAGUUUUCAGAAGUAGUCACAAAAUUAGAAGAAUGCCUGUGCAAUAUCGAGUUGAUGUCUCCAGCCUCCAGCAACAGCAGCGGUUCUCUGUCUCCCUCUUCAUCCUCAGACUGCCUCGUGGCACGAGGAGGCCCCGGCCGUAGUCACGUUGCAGCGCUACGGAGCCGGUUUGAAUUGGAAUAUGCCUUGAACGCACGAGCUUACGCAGUCUGGUCGCAGAGCACUGGGCAACACCCUUCUCAGGGUCUGUCGUUGGAUGACAUGAGAAGAAACUUCCAGUACCCACCAAUUGACAAAAAUGGCUAUGUGUCGGAUCCCAUGAGUACCAUGCGGUUCCACUCCUGCAGCAGCAGCGGCAGCUUUGAAGAAAGCAGCUGA